AUGCAGUUCUCCAAGGCCAUCCUCUCCGCCGCCCUCAUUGCCUUCCCCAUGACCGCCAUGGCUGCUCCCGCCGCGGACUCCGUCUCCGCUGUCGAGGCCCGCGCCCCUUCCGACAUCGACGCUCUCGUUGCCGAGCUCGUCGCCCUCACCGACAGCAACGAGCCUGCCGACAUCGAGGCCCGCAGCCUCGAGCUUGAGGCUCGCGGUGGCUGGACCUGCUCCUUCCUCGCUGGCAACAAGGGAUGCCAGGUCAAGUGCUUCCUCCUCAAGGGCAGUGGCGGCUACUGCAACAAGAAGAAGUAA